AUGCCCACUCUUCAUCCCGAGGUUCUCUGGGCACAGCGCAGCUCUGAUUUCGAGGAGGACAAGUGCUACGUGAUCGUCACCGUAAACUUGCCAAACAUUAAGCCAGACACGCUCAAGUACUCGCUCGAGUCUGAGAAACUCUCGUUUUCUGCGACCGCUGGCGAUGCGAGCAAAGGCAUCGAGGAGAAGGAGUAUGCCUUCGAGUUUGACCUCUUCAAGCCAGUUGAUGUCGAGAAAUCUACAAAGCUCUUGACGUCGCGUUCCCUCGUCCUCAAGCUCCGCAAAGUGGAGAAGGGCCUUGAAUACUGGCCGCGCUUGAGCAAGGAGAAGAUUAAGACUAACUGGCUCAAGACCGACUUCUCGAAAUGGGUCGAUGAGGAUGAGCAAGAUGGCGCCGCGGAAGAAGAUGACCAGCCCGACCCGAUGGAGGCGAUGGGCAUGGGAGGCGGAAUGCCUGGUAUGCCCGGUAUGGGUGGUAUGCCCGGUAUGCCCGGUAUGGGUGGAAUGCCUGGCAUGGGGGACAUGGACAUUCAAAAAAUGCUCGCCCAGAUGGGUGGCGGAGCAGGCGGUCUCGGUGGUGGCGCAGGACCCUCGGGAGCCGACGACGACGACGACGAUGAUGAUGAUGAUGAUGGCCCGCCGCCUCUUGAGGACGCCGCGCCAGCGAAGGCGUGA